CUUUCUUUAUUUCGCAUACUUCCCCGCACAACAUUCCUAUCUUUCUAACCUUUAUUUUAAGGUGUUACUUAUCAAUUCCUUAACCAAAAGAGAGAGAAAAAGAUUGCAUUUGAAGCCAUUUUUUGAGAACUUGGUGAAACUAAUAUCUUCAAGAACUGUAUGGUGGAUUUUGUUUGUUUAGAUUAUGAGUAUGAAAAUGGGUUUAGUUUCUUUGGACCAACAAAACAACCAUGGGAUCAUGGAUGAAGAAAAUCAAGAUUCUUUGUCUGAUUUUUCUGAAGGAGGAGUUUUUAGUAAUUUCUCUUCGUCAGAAGAUGAAUCAUCUGAUCCAACUUCUCCUAAUUCUUCUUCUGGUAGUUCAAGCAAUGAGCACAAAAUUGGAGCUUUGCAAAAUAUGUCAUCUCUUCUUCAAGAACUUCCCUUCAAGAGAGGCUUGUCAAAGCAUUACAAUGGGAAGUCACAAUCAUUCACCUCUCUAUCAAAUGUGAGGAGCUUAGAGGAUAUGGCUAAACCUGAGAACCCAUACAACAAGAAGCUCAAAUCAUGCAAAAGCUAUGGAGUUUUCUUGGAAGGUUUCAAAUCAGAUCACUUGCAAUCCCAUGUUAUAAGAAGCAGCAGUUCUUCAAGACUCAGCUCAAAGAGAGGCUCAUGUUCAUCACCAAGGGCAAGGAGAAAUGGAAGCUUUCUUGGAAAUAAUAGUAGUAGACCUCCUGUUCCUCCACAUAGAUCAACUAGCACUGCCAGCUUUACAAGUCAAACCCCUUUAUUUGCUUGAUGGUUCUUAUGAUCAAUUUUUUUUUUAAAGAGAGUUUACUAAGUGUAUUUUGUGUUCUUGUUUUUGUGACAUGGAGUUCUUUACCUCAGCUGAAUCUUGCUGGUGCCUCUUAGCUGAAUCUUGCUUGUGCCACCUAAACGGUGAAUGUGUGACGUUUGUUGUUGUUCUGGUUAUCAAAAAGAUUUGACUGAUUCUACUCUAUAUAUGCUACCACUACAAUGUUGUUAUA